AAAGGAGCUUAACUUUAAGAAACCCCCUCCCAGAAGAAACCAGGAUGGUAGCGUCAGCAGACUGUGUGGGAAAACCUAAACCCCCCAACAAGGUGUCGAAACCCCUAAUGGAGAAGAAGCGGAGAGCUCGGAUUAACCAGUGUUUGGAUGAGUUGAAGUUUCUCCUGGAGAAUUAUUACAGCAGCAGCAUCCGAAAGCGCAAACUGGAAAAGGCCGACAUUCUGGAGCUCACAGUGAAACAUCUGAGGAACCUCCAGAAGAUCCAGAGCUGCGCUGUGGCUUCCGAUUGUCCUGAAUACCAAACCGGAUACCGUAGCUGCUUAGCAAACGUCAAUCAGUUCCUGAUUACCCCCGACAACAUGAACCGAAGCGGGCGUUGGAUGCUGUCACAGCUGUCCCACAAACUGUGCCGCUCCCUGAGGAAGGGGGAAGCCUCCAGCACCUUGGACAGCGCCGCGCGGCUGGCUGAGGCACAGAUGGAGACGCGGAAAUGUCUGCCAGCAUCAACCCAAACAGAGGAGGGCAUCAGCCCCGACCAAGGAAAGAACCCACACAGCGCAAGCUCGGCCCCAUCAAGUCAAGACUCAAAGCAAUCAGAGCCUAAGAAACCUCACAUUUCUGCAGCGCAAAGACAGAACACCAGCGUCUCCUUUCACCAAGACUUCGACUGCGUCAUCAGACAGGACAUGAAAGCUGCAAACGCGGCGAGCAGCGUGUGGCGGCCCUGGUAGAACAUAAUCUGAGUCACAUCCCACUGAAUGUUGAUGAUUGCACUGUACAGUAGUAGAUCUUGACUGUGUGUUAAUUAGAGAUAUGUCUUUUAACAAUAAAAGCAAUGCAAGA